UUUGAUUAUCCAAAUUUUCUGAUAUUACAGAUUUACGGAGUAAAAGUAUAUAGAGGAAUUAGGCUGUAUCCGGUCCGGCUCAGGUUACAAAUCCGGGUCAAACAAAAUCGAUUGUUACUUCAAUACUUCUUGCUCUACCGAUGUCAAGCUCAUAUUCUACUAUAUACCCUCGAUUUCCCCUAUAUCCCUCAUGAUCUCAUUAAAACAAUGGGACUGAACAGAGGUAUAUACAUACGAGGGAGACCAGCCUUGAUAAGAUCCCACUAUACCCUAAGAUACCUUUGCUAAUGCCUCGCUUUUCAUCCAUUUUUCAGCGCCUCAGGAGAAAAUUUUGAGUUUGAGAUGCCUAGAUCGAUUGUACUUAGAAGUAACAAUCGAUGUUACUUGUUACCUAGAAGCCAAAGUUCUUCCUUUUUCAGCGUCGCAGUCAGAAAUUUUGAGAAUUUUGGAAGGCCAAGAAGGCAGAUUCCUUCUUUUUCAGCGCCGAAGGCAAAAAUUUUUUAAAUUUUCAGUCCCCGGGAGAAAAAUUUACA